CUCACUUAUUGACACAUACCGGUAAGUAGCUGCAUCGAGCCUGAGGUGCUGCUCACCAUCACUCAUCUGACGCUUCGUAUAUGCACCUUCCUACCCUCUGCUGCCUAUAUGCACCUCUCUCCCUGACCAUAGGCUACAAGCCGCAUGUAUGUAAUGUCCCCGGCUGCGAGGCCGCCUACUCGCAGUCCUUUAACCUCAAGCAGCACAAGGAAUCAAAGCAUGCCGACAGCGAAUUCCCCUGCACGGUGAGAGGGUGCGGGAGGGUAUACGCCUCCUCUCUCCCUGACCAUAGACUACAAGCCGCACGUCUGCAAGGUCACCGGCGGCGAGGCCUCCUACUCGCAGUCUUUUAAUCUGAGGCAGCACGUGGAAAGCAAACAUGGACGCAACAACUUCCCUUGCACGGUAGCAGAUUGCGAGAGGGUGUACGCCUCCU